GAGAGAGAGAGAGAGACUCCACCGACGCUGGCGGGCCAUUUUUGCUCGUCUCCUUCACAGAGUGAAGAAAAAGGUUCAACUUCACACGUUCAAACAUAGAUCUCAUUCUUGGUCACUUGAAGAUCUCAAAAUUUCCGUGUUCUACACUGUGAAUAUCAGAAGAUUGAUUGAUUUAACACGGAGAGGUCGACUUAGUGAAAGUUGGUAGUGGGCGCUCUAAUGACGGGUCGUGGUUCAACCAAUCUCUUAGUCUUCUCGCUAUUUCUCCUCCUAAGCGUCGCCGUUCACUGUAAAACCCUCAAGCGUGAUGUGAAAGCUUUGAAUGAAAUUAAGGCAUCUCUUGGAUGGAGGGUGGUAUAUGCUUGGGUUGGAGAUGAUCCGUGUGGAGAUGGUGACUUACCGCCAUGGACCGGGGUCACAUGCUCUACUGAGGGCGAUUAUCGAGUAGUGACUGAAUUGGAAGUCUAUGCUGUUUCAAUUGUUGGCCCUUUUCCUACUGCUGUGACGAACUUGUUGGAUCUUACUAGGCUGGAUCUGCACAAUAACAAGUUGACUGGUCCAAUUCCUCCUCAAAUUGGGCGUUUGAGGCGUCUUAAAAUAUUGAAUUUAAGGUGGAAUAAGCUGCAAGAUGUCAUUCCUCCCGAAAUAGGCGAACUGAAGAAGCUAACACAUCUAUACCUGAGUUUCAAUAAUUUUAAGGGCGAGAUCCCCAAGGAGCUUGCUAAUCUUCCUGAGCUCCGCUAUCUUCAUCUUCAUGAAAACCAUUUUGUUGGACGAGUCCCGCCCGAGCUUGGCACUUUACAAAAUCUUAGGCAUUUGGAUGUUGGUAACAAUCGUCUGGUUGGUACAAUUAGGGAACUCAUACGCAUUGAAGGAUGCUUUCCUGCCCUUCGCAACCUUUAUUUGAACAAUAAUUAUCUUACUGGAGGUCUUCCUGCACAACUUGCAAAUUUGACUAACUUGGAGAUUGUGCAUCUAUCAUACAACAGGAUGACUGGAGUUGUACCACCCAGCCUUGGUCAUAUUCCCAAGCUAACUUAUUUGUAUCUGGACCACAAUCAAUUUACUGGAAGGAUUCCUGAUGCCUUCUAUAAACACCCUUUCUUGAAAGAACUGUACAUAGAAGGAAACUCGUUCCGGCCUGGCGUAAAUCCCAUUGGUGUGCACAAAGUUCUAGAACUUUCUGACUCAGAAUUCCUAUUUUAGGAGACAAGCAUGCCUAUUUCUUACUUAUUUUGCCAAUAUUAGUUCCUAGCUUUGUCCACAGCCAAUGCUGGUGCAAUCUGAGUGCUUAUUCUUCAUAGUUUCUAGGUUUUUUUUUUCUUCUUCUUGAGAAGCAUUCUACAAUGUCUAAGCUUUGAGAGAGCAAACACUCACACUGUAGUAUGUCUUUUAAUGAAAUCAAGGCAUAUUGUAUUUUUUUACA